AUGCUGGACAGAUAUCUAUCUUUGGAAUUGUAUAUACCUAUGGCAUUACGCGAACUGAAGAAAAAUCGCGUGAAUUCUUUAAGCGCAGAAGAAUCGGAGAUUUUAACAGACAUUCUACCCAUCAUGAAGCCAUUUGCGAAAGUUAUCGGAGAUAUCAGUGGAGAUAAAUAUCCCACAUGCAGCAUCAUCAUUCCUAUAGUAAAUUGCCUCGAACUAACGAUUAAUAAGAUUCAUCCUUGUACAGACGUUGGAAAAGAAUUCAAGGCCAACGUAAUCAAAAAUAUGAAAGAGAAAUUAUUUCACGUGGAAAAGGUUCCCUCUCUCAGUAUUGCAACACUUUUAGAUCCUCGAUUUAAAAAACUCCAUUUUCAUCAAAUGCAAGCUGCUGCUGAUGCUGUUCGCAGUAUAGACAGAGAAUUGAAGAAACAAAAACCCGCACAAUCUACACACAAGAAGCUUGUAGAAAUAGGUGAAGGUGACGAUAUUUGGAAGGCUCAUGACUCGUUAUUGGUUCAACAUCAGGAUAGAGUGACAACCAUAAGAGAUUCAGACUUAGAUGAAGAGCUGAAGCACUGUUUGAAAUUACCUCUGCUUCCGCGACAAGCAAAUCAUUUACAAUAUUGGCAAUCUAAAGGGGCUCAAUUCCCAAAAUUAGCAAAAUUAGCUUUCAAAAAAUUAGCUAACCUUGCAACUACAGUCCCAUCCGAACGUCAGUUUUCGAAAGCGGGAUUGAUUGAUACUCCAAAUAGAUCUCAACUUACGGAUAUGCAUUUAAAUAUGUUGGUUUUUUUGACUUCUUGUACAAAAGAAGAAUGGGGAAUUUCUUGA